AUGCCUCCUCGUCUACCGCGCGCCGCGCUCGCGGUCCCGAUCUGCACCCCAGCUACCAUUUCGCUACGCGUCAGGGUUUCCCGAUACAGCACCGCGACCGACGACUCUGUAAUUCAGACCCAAUACGUCCCAGCGCCGGGCACUGGUAACAUACGCGUUCUCCUCCUUAACCGACCCAAUGCUCGAAAUGCCCUGUCAAGGAACCUCCUGACCUCGCUGUCCCAGCAUGUCCAGUCGAUCGCCGCGGAAGGUGGGAACGGGCCGACACGAGCACUGGUCAUCGGGAGCAACGCCGACUCGGCUUUCUGCGCUGGCGCUGACUUGAAGGAGAGGCUGCAUAUGACGAAAGAUGAGACAAACGCAUUCUUGGCCAAGUUGAGAGGCACAUUCCGGGACCUUGCGGCUCUUCCGAUUCCCACGAUCUCUGCCGUCUCAUCCAUUGCCCUUGGUGGAGGCCUGGAGCUUGCCCUAUCCACACACCUCCGCGUCUUCGGCUCGAACAGCACCGUUGCGCUGCCAGAGACAAAGCUCGCCAUUAUCCCCGGCGCGGGCGGCACCUAUCGCCUCCCAGCCCUGAUAGGCCUGAACCGCGCUCGGGAUCUUAUCUUGACUGGACGCCGCGUGACUGGCCCCGAAGCGUACUUCAUCGGGCUCUGCGAUCGCCUCGUCGAGAUACUCCCGGAGGAAGAGAAGAAGGAAGGCGCCGGUCGCGAGAAGGUUGUUCGUGAGAGCAUCAAGCUGGCUAUGGAUAUCUGCGAUGGGGGACCUAUCGCUAUAAAGCAAGCGCUGAAGGCCGUAAAUGAGUACCAGAGGGGUGAGGCGGCGGAAAAUGAGGCUUACGAUGGUGUCGUUGACACGGAGGAUCGGCAUGAAGCUCUGCGUGCGUUCUCGGAGAAGAGGAAGCCUGCUUUCCGUGGGCGGUAG